AUGCAGCCAUCUUCGCGACUCUUAUUGAGAGGAGGCACAGUACUCAUGCAUGACGCCCGCGACCAUGUCCGGGCUGUGAGAAGAGACAUUCUCAUUGAAAAUAACGAGAUUUCGAAAAUAUCCUCAAUCAUUCGCGACUGUGCCGACGCCGAUAUCAUCGAUUGUCACAUGAAGAUCAUUUCCCCAGGAUUCGUUGACACGCACCACCAUCUCUGGCAAACCCAACUCAAGGGGAGGCACGGCAACGAAGUUUUGCUCGAGUAUAUGGCCUCAGGAAACCUGCAGUCGUCCAAUUACACCAAAGAAGAUAUAUACUGGGGUCAGCUUGGAGGUUGCCUCGAAUCUAUCAACGCCGGGACCACGGCUGUCGUUGAUCAUUCACACAUCAACUGUUUUCCUGGCGCUGCAACCGCGUCCUCUGGGCUGCGCUGUAUUUAUGGAUACUGUCCGACUCCUCGAGUCGCCUCCUGGUCGCCAUUCACGCUGGAUCAAGACGUCCUCGCCCCUUGGGUCAUGAAAAGCCUGGAGGAUCUGGCCAAGAGAGCACCUUUUGGUGAUGGCCGCGAAGCAGGCGUUAAGCUGGCCACUACUCAUACGGUCCGCAAUGCGCAGACUGGCAUGGCUGAUCUUGUUGAACAAGUCAAAAGUCUCGGCCUGCUUGAUUCCAGCAUGUUGUUUAGCCAUGCGAACGGCAUUUCAGCUGAAAGCAUCCAAGCCAUAGCAGACGCUGGAGCGCACAUCAGCAGUACUCCUUCGACAGAGAUGCAGAUGGCUGUCGGGUUCCCCGUAUGCCUUGACGAUGACCUACCUCACGCGCAGAAGCAGUCGAGUCUAGGCGUUGACUGCCACAGCAAUCAUGCCUCAAGCAUCAUUUACGAAAUGAGGCUAGCGUUGCAAGCAUCGAGAGCUAAGCGCAAUCAGAAGAUUCUUGAUCAAGGUAAAGCUCCCAAACAUAUUUCUAAGGCUAUGGAGGAGGCUUUUAAUCUGGGCACAAUUCAGGGCGCCAGAGCGAUUGGGAUGGAAGACAAGAUUGGCAGCAUCGCUGAAGGCAAAUUGGCUGACUUAGUCAUCUUCGACGCCAACAGUCCUGAAAUGCUGUGUGCAGCUGAGCAGGAUCCGGUAGCGGCAAUCGUUUUACACAGCAGCAUCGCCAACGUGGAAACCGUUAUUGUGGAUGGUAUUAUUAGAAAACGAGGGGGCAAACUCAUGGAUGUGGCAGUGGAAGAGGAAAUGGAGACUACCGCAGGCAAAAUCUCUCUGCGGUGGAGGGAGAUUGCCGACGCAUUGAGGAGGUCGAGAAAGGAGCUGCUGGAGCGUGAGGCGGAGAAUCAGAACCUGGAUGAGGUUAAACAAGGAGUGAUCAGCAGCUUCUACAUUGAUGAAUCUAAGCUGGUGGGCUGA